AUGAACCACAGACACAGUCACAGUCCCCUGCAGUAUAAGAGGAACCACAGACACAGACACAGUCCCCUGCAGUAUGAGAGGAACCACAGACACAGUCCCCUGCAGUAUGAGAGGAACCACAGACACAGACACCUGCAGAACCACAGACACAGUCCCCUGCAGUAUGAGAGGAACCACAGACACAGACACCUGCAGUAUGAGAGGAACCACAGACACAGUCCCCUGCAGUAUGAGAGGAACCACAGACCCAGAUCCAGUCCCCUGCAGUAUGAGAGGAUCCACAGAUCCAGUCCCCUGCAGUAUGAGAGGAACCACAGACCCAGAUCCAGUCCCCUGCAGUAUGAGAGGAUCCACAGAUCCAGUCCCCUGCAGUAUGAGAGGAACCACAGACACAGUCCCCUGCAGUAUGAGAGGAACCACAGACACAGUCCCCUGCAGUAUGAGAGGAACCACAGACACAGUCCCCUGCAGUAUGAGAGGAACCACAGACACAGUCCCCUGCAGUAUGAGAGGAACCACAGACACAGUCCCCUGCAGUAUGAGAGGAACCACAGACACAGUCCCCUGCAGUAUGAGAGGAACCACAAACAAAAAUCAGGAAAUGUCCAACUGAGAACAAUAAGCAAUUACCUUACUUUCACACCCUGA